CGCGGACUGAGUCGAUUAAAAUCUAAUUCUCGGCAGGGCAACGUCAUCGAUAGCCGACGAACGUUGUAUAUAAGCUCCGCCCCGUCGAAAGUUACAUCAAUCCAUCGAUAUGUUUCUGAAAACGAUCGUCUUCUUCGCCCUUCUCGCAGUGGUGACUGCUACGCAACCCCACCGUAGCGUCAUCAUACCGUUGUUCGACAGCCGCGUUGUCGGAGGAUCCGAAGCCAAAGUUGGCCAAUUCCCGUGGCAAGUGUCUCUGCAAUGGGGAUGGCUCUUCGGUCAGUCUCACUUCUGCGGUGGAUCUAUUCUGAACAACCAAUGGAUUGUCACGGCAGGGCACUGUGUUUUGGCCGUUCCAAACUAUGGUGACUUCGUGGUCAAAGUAGGCAAACACAACUUGAAGAAGACGGAAGACACCGAACAAACCAUCAAGGUCGCGAAGUCAUUCGUCCACGAAAAAUACAGCGGAAAUGUCGCUCCCUAUGACAUCGCACUGUUGAAACUGGAGAAGCCCCUGGUGUUGAGCAAAGCGGUUAAAGCGAUAAGUCUGCCAGAGUCAGGAAGCACGCCUGCCGGAACCUCCGUGUUGUCAGGUUGGGGAUCAACUUCGAGAACCAAUACCGCUCAAAUGCCUGACGCACUUCAAUAUGUCGACUUGCCUCUCAUCGACCUGGCCACCUGCAAGAAAGCCGUGGAAGACCUUACCGGGCCAUCUCCUUUGCACGAGACCAACGUAUGCACCGGACCCCUCACCGGUGGUUACUCGGCGUGCAGCGGUGACUCCGGUGGCCCGUUGAUUCUCAACAGAAACGGCAAGGCCGAGCUGAUCGGAAUCGUUUCCUGGGGAAUAGUUCCGUGUGGUACGGUCGGCGCGCCAUCCGUCUACACCAGAACCUCUGCUUUCAACGGCUGGAUGAAAGACAUCAUGUCCAAAAAUUAAACUGUUCCUUUCGUUUUAGAAAUUCAAUCAGAAAAAUUGAAUAAGCGUGUCUCGUUUUCGGAAACUGAAUUGGAAUCUUCAAUAAAAUGUGUUAAAAAUA